AUGGAGGUGCUCGGGAGGAUUCAACACACUAAUCUGGUGCCCAUCCCGGCAUACUACUAUUCGAAAGACGAGAAGCUUCUGGUGCUGGACUACAUGCAGGCAGGAAACUUGCCCUCUCUGCUGCAGGCAGACAUCCCCUCGUCUCCUGAAACCUUGAAGGCUGAAGCAGAGCUGUGGAGUAACAAACUUAGAAUCACCAAUCUUGUCAGCCUAAUUCUCAGGCCCCCUUUGCCUUUUUCUAGCUUGAUUUCUGCUUGCCCUUUGCCUGCCAUGACCAUGUUCCAAUCUUUCGUCCUAUCUCCCAAGUCUGUCUGGAUUUGCUGGGCAGAAGAUCCCCAAUAUUGGAGGGUGUCCCCUAUGCUGAAUUCACGGUUUUCACAGAAAGCAGAGCUCUUAGACGUCUGCUGGCUGCAGAUCCGGGGCACAUUUGAUACAGCAAUUCUCGACAAAGACACCACAUAUGCAGUCCUGUAUUUCUUCAAACACAAUGAUCCAGCAACAGGUCUGGAAAGCCCAGCAGAGGUUUCUCUCUCACAGAAAGAUGGGAGCAUAAUCUGCAGCCGGAAGGUGCAUCUGAACCCCGGCAGCCCCGACCUGAUAAAACAAGAAGGAGAGGAAUGGCUGGCAGUUGAGGUGGGCAAGUUUCAGCCGGCCAAAGUUAGUCGCGAGAUCACUGCUAAUCUGCUGGACGGCACCACUCACUGGAAGACUGGCCUCGUGUUUGCUGGGGUGGAGAUUCGUGGUGUCUCCGCUUGAUGUUUAUAAGAACGAUAACACAACUUUGGAUCGGAGGUCCUACAGCGUCCGUUUGCUUUCACGUGUCGAUCUAUAUUGUCGUGCUGUGUUUGUAUGAUGGUAAUAAAGUGGGGAUGUGUAGACCCACAUUGUAUUAGAUUUGUGUAUUUUAGAUGGCUGUGGAUUCCAAAAUCACCAGGUCCAACAAACAUGAAUUUGGGUCCUAGACCAACUGGUACUG